AUGAGUGAAUUAGAACAAUAUUAAGAGGACUUAGCAGAAGUUCAAGAAUGGUUGAAGACAGCAAAAAGGCCAAAUAAUAUUGAGUAUUUGAACAAGAGAAUUAAAUUCUUGAACGACUCUAUCAAGAUACUUCAACCAUAAAAGGUGGAGAAGGAAGAGUAGAUAGAGUAACAGUUGCCUUAGAUAGAUGAAUUGAAGUUCGAGAAAAUAACUAAAUACGCUUUCGACUAGGAGGAAAAUAAGAUAACAAUAAUCAUCAAUAUGGAAGGUGUAGGGGAAUUGCCAAAACAGAAUAUUCAAGUUGAGUUUGGAAAGAAUUGCUUUGAUGUCCGAGUGAUAGGGUAUCGCAACGCCAAUCAUAGGUAAUAAUAUUAUUUAUGAAGGUUACAAAUUAAAAAAACAUUUGGUGACUUUCUGCAUUAAAUGAGUAGCUUCAAAGUAACUAAGAAUAAUAUUCAUGUUAUAUUGGUUUUGCCUGAUAAAACCUAAUGGACUCAAAUCAAAACAACAGAAAAUAUUGUAAAUUAUAUUUUAAUUUGAGAUUGAUCAAAAAAAAGAAGAGAAAGAGAAAAAGAAACUUGAGAAGGACGGCCCAUUAGAGGAUAAUGUUAAGGGAGUGUUGAAUAUGUUGAAGGGAUUUUAUGAAAGCGAUGAUCCUGAAAUGAGAGAAACUGUAAGAUAAUUCAUGAGGAAGACAGCUAAUUAAUAGAUGUGGAAAAAUUGAUUUUAUUAAUAAAGAAUAA